GCCGGCUUCGCGAGGACUACCACAACAUGGCUGAAGCGUGCGAGCGCGCGGAGGCCCUCCACCCCAUCCACCAGAAGAUGGUUCGAUUCAAGCAGGCGGGCGAGAAACGGCGGGCAGUCGCAAGGGCAGAGAGGGAGCGGAUCGAGCGCGAGGUGGCGGAACGUCACCGGCGCGAGCAGGAAGAGUAUGAGCGGCGCCGCAAGGAGGCGUGGAGGCUCCAGCGCGAGCAAGAGGAAGAGCGACUGCGCCAAGCAGAACUCCAUCGGCUCCGGUGUGAGCGCGAGAUGGCCGAGCGGGAGCGACGUCUUCGGGAGCAGAGGGAGGAGGAGGAGCGCAAGCGUCUGGAGGAGCAGUGGCGGCGCGAGUGGCCAGAGCGUGCUCGCCAGGCGGAGCUGCGCCGCCAGCAAGAGGAGAUCGAGCGCAAGCGCAAAGACGAGGAGAUCAUCCGCAGCCUGCAGGCGGCCCGACAAAGGUUCAUAGAGGAGAGAGAGGCAGCGCGCCAACAGGAGGCCACACAACGCCUCAUCCAGCAGAAGGCUGAGCAGGAGCGCCUUGCCCGCGAGCAAUUCGCUACACAACUCAAGGUCGGCAUCGCCAACCGUUACGACGAGCUCUGGGGAAAGAUCAAGGCCAACCAGGUCCCCGACGGCAGCAUCCGCUACACAGACUUCCCCUUCCCUGUGUUUGCGAACAAUGUUCCCGCCCCUGCCGCCAUCACCUACGAGGCUGUCGAAGAGUUCGUCUUCAGCUCCUUAAGGCGGGGAGCUGCUGGCAAGUCUCGCAAGGAGAUCCUCAAGGUCGAAAUGCUUCGUUGGCAUCCGGAUAAGUUCAUUGGUCGCGGCACCGUGCUUUCUAAGGUGUCUUUGGAUCACCGGGAGUCCGUUAAAGAGGCUGCUGAUGCCAUUGUGCGGCACCUGACUAUCUUGAUGGGAACGAACUAGAUGUCAGACCACAUCUUCAAGAUCAUAUGUCCUUCUUUUUGCCUCUCUAUGUUUUCUUGUAUCGUCAAGGUUUUUGAGCUGCUUUUGCGACAUGCUGUAUGCCCCCGACUAUCUCCGUUAUCUGGUAAUUGUACCUAUGUACGCUCGUUCAUC